AUCUUGGAAGAGGUAGGAUGAGGAGGUGUAAAUGACUAGAUGAGUUGGUCGCUGCCUGUAGCGCCAACGCGACGAAGAGGAUGGAGACCAGCUCCGGGUGAAAUGACAGACUCGAAAAGAAUGAGCCGUGUUUGAGAUAGGCUUUGACCAGAGACCAGCUCUGUAGAUCUCAUAGGAUGCGGGGUAAGACCAGCUUACGGGACUUGGGUGGAUGUGAGCGAGGCCGAGGAAUUUGAACGCGCAGCACUGCUGUUUUUAUACACGCGGAGUUUGUGCCCACAUGGUGGGACAGUUUGACUUGCGAUUCUUGCGCGCUUUUGCAGCGGUCAGCGUGAUGGGCGCCAAGGUCGGAUGGCGCAGGCUUGGCUGCGUAGUUUGGGCGUCUCGCCGUCGCCAAGACAAUCGUGAGUGCAAGUCCCGGUCGGACGCCCGCGAGGCAGGGAGCGCGGUACUUAAUGACGUCGGUCCAGCCAGCAUACACGAAGGAAUGCUGGAUGCCGCGCAGCUAUCAGACGCCCGCGCUGCAGUCCCGAGGCUAGCGCAACACUCACCAACGACAGCGCGCCUAGUGUACCUUGUUCGAUUGCGCUCGACAGGAUUCUAUACAGCUUUACUGUAGCUUGAUGUUGAGACCACCUGUACAGCUGUCUAUGCUUCUGACUUUCUCCGUCGUGCUUAGAUGUUGCGUGUGCUCGCCAUGUCUCAAUCGCGCGACCGAAAACCUCUGCGUGAGCGCUCCUUGAUGCGCGCGACGACACCAAUGAUUCAUGUGCGCCUGAUAACGAAGACCUGCCCUAAGCUUGGGUCAGCAAGCCAAGCGGUGUCAUACUACGAAGCCUCGCUGAAUCGACAUUCUGGCCUGUGGCAAGCUCUUCCAGGGCUCGACCGAAAGUCGUCACAGCAGUGAACCAACGAACUGCUUCGAUCCGCCGACAAGCGGGAAGAUGCAGACUGAUGAAACGGCGUCAAAUGAAUUCAUUUCAUUUUCGGCUACUUUUCUGUGGCUGCUCCGCGCAGUCGGAUAGGCGUACCGCGUUCAAUCAGAG